GUCAUUUGUUUUGGUGACCCGUGUGACCAUCAUGCCGCGCGUGCUGAGCUCUUUCGCCUCCCUUGGCGUGGGUGAGGAUCGCUCCUUCGACACUUGCCAAGUUCCUGAAGGUUUGGCACGAAGAAGAAUGCUCACUUCAUUUGAGGAGAAGACAGGCCCUGAUCUGGAGCAAGCAUGUGCAAAAGAGCGGCUGAAGGAGCAGGACAUUGAGGACGAGUCCAAGGAAGCUUCAGCAGACGUACUUGCCUACUCUGCACGUGAGCAUGCGAUACAUGAGGCAUGGAAACAUGCUGAGAGGGCCAACGAGCUCUCAAAGGAAUCUGCGGAGGCUGCCCUGGAGGCUGCAAAUGAGUCCAUGGAGGCCAGACGAAUCUUGGACCAGCACGAUAUCAUUGCCAUUGAGAAUCAAACCCAGGCAGAUGUGGCCAAAGCAGAGGCAGUCCAAGGGCUAGAAUCCUGCUCUGCCUGGCCGCUUGCCACCCUCCCGGUUCCAUUGGAAAAGUGGCUUUGCCGUGGGCUAUUAAGAUGCAGCAGAGGUUCACAGCGACAUUUGAGUGCCUUUCUGUGACUGGCAUCAAUGCCGCUCUUUCCAUGCUGGAACGAAUUCAGAUGGAAACCCUGAGUUCAGAAGGGAAGUACUUGUUUCGUUUGCCACGUGUCAAUGUGCUCGAGAAAA